UUGUAUAAGUCAAAGCCCUUUCAUUAUAUAUAUAUAUAUAUAUAUAUUCGUGCGGCGCUAUUUCUGCCAUGUCAAAUGUAUGAGUAUAUGGAGACCCAACUUCCCUUAUCACUAUGGAAUCAAUUAACCAGUGUGUUAAAGAAACUAUGACGGUCUGUGUGACGAUCUGUAGUUGUGUGUAGAUGGAACUACAUGUACACUAGCCAUAAAAAUUUAUGAAGAUUUUUGUCUUUCUAUAAACCAAAAUGGGAAACUGUUGCUCUAAGAAAAAUAUUCAAAAAGACAAUGCAGCAAGCAAAGGCACUUUGGAAACCCUGCCAGAAAUACAGAAUCAUACUGGAGCAAGUCCUAGUAGUCUUCAGGUGAAAUUACUUGAUUCACGCUAUUCUCAAUCCUCCAGUAAUUCUAUUGUUCAUUCAGCAAGUAACAUAGCAAAUACUACAAAGCUGGACAGACCGCCUAUAAAUUCUCUAGGUUCAGGGAAAAUUGUUGUUGCCUUAUACACAUAUAAUGCUAGUGAUGAAGGAGAUCUCAGUUUUAAAAAAGGUGAUCGUCUUGUAAUACUAGAUGAAAGUGAUAAUGACUGGUGGCACGCUAAACACUUUACUAGUCAGCAGAUGGGGUAUAUUCCACGAAACUAUGUUGCUGCAGAAAAGAGCAUGGAAACAGAAGACUGGUUUUUUGGCAAGAUAUCCCGGAAAGAUGCUGAAAAGCUUUUGUUACUGCCUUCAAACCCUCGAGGAACUUUUCUUAUUCGAAACAGUGAACAGACAUCAGGUAGUGCUUACUCGUUAUCUGUUCGAGACUGGGAGCAUCAGAAGGGAGAACAUGUGAAGCAUUACAAAAUCAAAGCAAUGGACAAUGGAGGUUAUUAUGUUACAACAAGGAGAACUUUUCCAACACUGCAAGAUCUGAUAAAGUAUUAUUCAGAGGCUGCUAAUGGUCUUUGUCACAAGCUUACUAUGCCAUGCCCAAAGCCCAAGCCUCAAGUUUGGGACCUCUCUCCAGAAACGCGGGAUGAAUGGGAAAUACCAAGAAAUUCCUUGCAAUUACUUAAGAAGCUAGGCAGUGGUAAUUUUGGUGAAGUAUGGUAUGGUAAGUUUUCCAAAUAUGUGCAAAAUUGACUUUUUCCAGUGAUA